AUGGCCAUUUACUCACUUUUCUUGAUGACCAUUUCUGUCUUUGGGGUGUCUAGCCCAUGUUUCCGCAAUGAGCAGUCCUUGUUGCUGCAAUUGAAGAACAAUCUUACGUUCAAUUCUACUAUGUCCACUAAACUUGUUAAGUGGAAUCAAAGUGCUGAUUGUUGCUCUUGGGAUGGCGUAACCUGCAACGAGGGCCGUGUUAUUGGUCUCGACCUGACCAACGAAUCCAUCUCGGGUGGACUCGACAAUUCAAGCAGCCUUUUCAGCCUUCAGCAUCUCGAGAGCCUGAGUUUGGCUUAUAACGACUUCAACUAUUCUCAUGAGAUUCCAUCAGAGUUUGACAAGCUUGCGAAUUUGAGUUAUUUGAAUCUCUCAUUUGCUUACUUUACAGGGCAGAUUCCUAUUGCGAUUUCGCGCUUGACAAGGUUGGUUACUCUUGAUUUAUCUUUCAAUGACCUUCAUCUUGAGAAUCCAAAUUUUAAAGUGUUGAUUCAAAACCUUUCGGAGCUUAUGGAACUUAAUCUUGAUGGUGUACUUAUAUCAGCUCCAGGUAAUGAGUGGUGUCGGGCAUUAUCAUCUUCGCUCCCAAAUCUGAGAGUGUUGAGCUUGUCAUACUGCAAUCUUUCAGGCCCGAUUGAUUCCUCCUUGCGGAAUCUUCAUUCCCUCUCAAUUAUUCGUUUGAAUGAUAACGACUUUUCUGCUCCAGUUCCAGAAUUUUUUGCAGAUUUCAAAAAUUUGACUUCCUUGAAAGUCAGUUAUUCUGGGUUUGAUGGAAAAUUUCCGGAAAAAAUCUUCCAAAUUCCAACGCUACUAACUCUUGAUUUGUCAAGUAACUUUCUCCUUGAAGGUUCUUUGCCAGAAUUUCCUCCAAAUGGAUCUCUUCAAACCAUGAAUCUUUACAGAACAGGUUUUUCUGGGACAUUACCAUCUUCUAUCGGUAACCUUAAAAUGUUGUCAACAGUAGGUCUUGGGAGUUGCAAUUUCAUUGGAUCAAUUCCAGACUCAAUGGCGAGCCUCACGCAAUUGAAGUAUUUGGAUAUCUCAAACAACAAAUUCAGUGGAUCAAUUCCAAAUUUCAGCAUGUGCAAGAAUCUGACUACUGUAAGGCUUUAUAAUAAUUAUCUGUCAAGUGAAAUUAUUUCCACUCAGUGGGAAAAACUUUUGAAUCUUGAGAGUUUGUUGUUGGGUGACAAUUUACUGAAUGGGAAUAUUCCAGAUUCUCUAUUUUCACAUCCAUCAUUGCAAGUGUUAUAUCUUUCAAAUAAUCAAUUUUCUGGUCAACUCAAAGAAUUUUCCAACGCUUCUUCCUUCUUGGAAUACCUUUUUUUGGAUAACAACCAUUUGGAAGGGCCAAUACCAAUGUCUAUCUUUGAACUCCAUGGUCUUCGAUGGCUCUUGCUUGGUUCAAACAAAUUUAAUAACUCCCUGAACCUUAGUCUUGUUAUCUGA